AUGACAGAUUUCCCCGUUGAGCAGGACCAGGCGACCCAGUCGGAGCCCGCGACGCAGGCAACGCAGGGUUUCAAUGUGGAGUCGCAGGCCACUGGGGAGUCUUGUCAUGCGGUAGUCUUUUCCACCAACGGCGAUGGGAAGUUCGAAUUCGAGCUGGAAGGGGCCAGCAACGAGAUCUUCCUUGGACGCUCGCCAGAUUGUGAGAUCCAAGCCAAGGACAUGCACGUGUCCAAGAAGCACCUUCGGAUUUAUCGUGAUGAGCAGCUGUGUUAUUUCAUCGAGCAGCUCAGCCCUGCUGGGACCUUCAUCAAUACACAGUACAUGAAGAAGGGGGAGCGCCGUGUGCUGAACCAUGGUGAUGCCAUCACGAUUACAAGCCAGCUCUCUUCCAAUACAAUUCCUUUCGCAUCCUUCUUCUUUCGCAUGACAGGACAGACUGAGGUGACGGCAUCACGAGAAGUUGCAAACUUGGCCAAAGUUAGAGUUGAUACAUCGGAUUGCGAUCUUCGGCAUCUGGUCACCGACGGCUGGGUGAGGAGGCAGUGGGACAUCUCGCAGAAAUUGGGCGGUGGUGCCUUCAGCACCGUAAAGCUGGGUGUGCGCACCAAGAAGGGGAGCAAAGAACAGCUCAUGCCAGGGCUGAGAUGUGCCAUGAAGAUCAUCGACAAACGGAAGUUGACGAAAUUUCAGAGGAAGCGUUCCUCCGGGGAGAGUUUGAAUCAGGAGCCGGAACUGAUCAGCAGCCUUCAGCACCCCAACAUUGUGUCCUGCCUUGAGUGGUUCCAGACGGAGACCUGCAUUUACCUUGCUCUGGAGUUGAUCCAUGGUGGGGACCUGCUUCACGACUUGAUGUCUGGGGGCUGCUUGACUGAGAUGCAAGCGCUGCGAAUCUUCCGGCAGAUCUGCAGUGUAGUGGAGUACCUCCAUGUCACGGUGAAGUUGGUGCACAGAGACUUGAAGCCGGAUAACAUCCUCCUAACCAGCAGAGACCGGGAUACGAUGACUCCCAAGCUCGCCGACUUCGGCUUUGCCCGGCUCAACAUGAAAUCGAUGGACUGCCACACCUACUGCGGAUCACCGCACUACUUUGCCCCAGAGGUGAUUCGUGCAGCCCAGGAUCCAAGCUGCGGAUAUGGCAAGCCGGUGGACAUGUGGAGUCUUGGGGUCAACCUCUACAUCAUGCUCUGUGGCAUGCAACCUUUCGAGGAUGAGGACCUUGACAUGCAGAUCCUGCAUGGCUGCUGGCAGUUCGAUGUUCCCAAGUUUCAUGAAGUCUCCGAGCAGGCGAAAGAUCUUAUCCGCAAGCUGCUGGCGGUGAAUCCCAGCGAGCGCAUCAACAUCCAAGAGACCCUCAAAGAGCCGUGGCUCUGCACUGACGGCCUCGCCACUCUGGUGUGCUCGACGAAGGUCGAUGGUGUGCAGCGGGGGGAGCACCCGGCGGAACCAGGACAUAAAAAGCGCAAAGUGGAGUUUGACCCGGCUUCUUGA